AGCUCGUCGUCCUUCCCGUCGUACUACUAGAUCGUGGUCUCUCUCUCUCUCUCUCAGUAUUGGUGCCUAGGAGACCGCGCGGCAGGAGAGGAGCCCCCCUCCCUCCCUCCCUCCUCUUCUACCGACGCCGUCGAGGUCGAGUAGGGCAAAGGGGACUACGCAGAAGCAGCAAUGGAUGAAGGGAUGGAGCUAAAGGGGUGUGUUUGCCGGAUCAAGAGCUGCGCCGGCCAACUUCUGUCAAUGGAGGAGGAUCUGGUGACUGAUCUGGACGACGACUCAUGGGACUUGGUCUGGAGGGACCUCCGGCUGAAGGCCACCUUCUUGUACAUUGAUCUGAGCCGUGUGAUCUCCCGAAGUGAGAACGAUGAGCGCCGGAAGGCGCUCACCCUUCUCGCCAACAAAUUCUUCUACUGCACGGAUGAGCUAGGCGAUGCGGUGACGAGCCAAAGUGUCCCUGCGAUGAAGAUGUGCUACAACGACACCGCUCAGGCUCUCCGUGAGUUGCUCGCGGCCCUUGCACCGCCACAGUAGCAUGUCGGGCUCAUGCCAUGUGGCCCUGUACUGCAAUGCGAUGCUGUGGGGCUGGACCAAACAGACACAGCAUUUGCAUCUUCUGGAUAGCAAGGAAAGGAUGGAGUCGUGCCAGAAAACUCUUGCAGAGAGACGAGUCUUUAUGUAAGGAACGUAUGUGCCUGAAACUCACAUGGGCAGUUUCCAGAUGAGCACUGGCUAGAGCACCUGUGUACAUACAUGGUCCGAAUAUCUCUGCAUUUGAAGCAGAGCGAGAGAAAUAAUACCUAGCGUGUGGUUAUCUCCAGCAAAAAAUUUCUGUUUUAUUUCUCAUUUAAGUUAUAAGUCUGCGUUUGCCUGGCGGUAA